AUAGCGUAGCUUGAAAGGACACGUGUUGUUCACAUGUAGGACAGAGGUGAAAAGUAAUUGUUAACUGUUUUAACACCGGUAAAUAAAUGGUAUUGGUCGAGCAGUGAGUAUGCCUACACUGUGCAUGUGGGAUAGUUAGAGAUGAAAAGUGCUUGUUGACUACUUUAACACUAUUGAAUAGAACUAACAUUGCACUGUCGGUGGGGCGGUGCUCUAUGCUUUACAUUUUAAGCGCCAUUGAGAUGAAGUCCAAUCAGAGGGAACUGGUGAGGAAACGUCAUUGGAGGCAAGUCUCGGAUGUAGCGCUUAAAUAGCAUGCGCUUCUCGUUCAUCUUCAUGUUCGUUCCUUCCAACGAAGCUCAGCAAUGGCAAGAACCAAGCAAACCGCUCGCAAGUCCACCGGAGGCAAAGCCCCGAGGAAGCAGCUCGCCACCAAGGCAGCGCGUAAAAGCGCACCAGCUACCGGUGGCGUGAAGAAGCCUCACCGCUACAGGCCAGGAACGGUGGCUCUGAGAGAGAUCCGUCGCUACCAGAAAUCCACUGAGCUGCUGAUCCGCAAGCUGCCCUUCCAGCGUCUGGUCAGGGAAAUCGCUCAGGAUUUCAAGACCGACCUGCGCUUCCAGAGCUCUGCUGUCAUGGCUCUGCAGGAGGCUAGCGAGGCUUACCUGGUUGGUCUGUUCGAGGACACCAACCUGUGCGCCAUCCACGCCAAGAGAGUGACCAUCAUGCCCAAGGACAUCCAGCUGGCUCGUCGUAUCCGCGGAGAGCGUGCUUAAGUCUUUCCCCUUAAACCAACAACGGCUCUUUUAAGAGCCACCCACACCUUCCUAUGAAAGCAUUGUUUCUACCUAGCCAGUGG